AUGGAAGGAUCAGUCACGUCUGCUGGCGCCGCCAUCCUAGUCAUCCUCGUCGCUUACGUGUGCCACCGCUAUGGCCGCAACGCGCCGUUCCUGCCCGGGCUACCGUUUCCGACGGGGCUGCAUAAGCCCUUUGUCGGUGUCGCCACCGAGAUGUCGACGCUCAAGGGCAUGACGCGCCUCUUCGUCGAUGCGGCCGACGCCAACGGCAUGGUCUCGUUCAGGCUUCUUACGCAGCGCAGCGUGGCCGUCACGCGCGCCGACCACGUGCGCCAAGUGUACAUGGCGACCACGAACCGCGGUCCGACGCCGAUCAUUGAUAUGCACAUGCAAGCCUUCUUGGGCGACCGCUCGGUCUCGCUGCUCAUGCGCGACGAGUGGAAGCUCCAUCGGCGGCUCAUCUCGCGUGCGUUUCAGUGGCAGAACCUCGCUGCGAUGGUCCCGGCCAUGGCGUCGGUCGCCGAGACAUUUGUGGGCGUCUGGCUCCAGGCGACAACGCCGGCUAUCGACGUGUUCCCGCUAUUAAAGCGCUUGGCACUCGACACCAUCGGGCGCACUGGCUUUGGUUUCGACAUGGGCGCCUUGCUCGAUGAAGCCAACCCAAUGGCGUCAGCCCUCGAUUUCCUCGUCAAUGAGGUCAACCGGCGCUGCCUCGAGCAGCCGCUGUGCCCGAGCAGCCACCUCUACUGGCUACCAACGCGGAUGAACCGGCGACAUGCCGAUGCCGUCAGGACCGUUCGCACUACGCUGCACAAUCUCAUCCAAGCGCGUAUCGCGACCUAUGCUGCGUCGUCCUUGCGGCAUCAUGAUCUGUUGGAGGCGAUGCUGGAUGCGGCGUCCGCUGACAACUCGCCAAUGGACGCAAAGACGCUCGCCGACAACGUCCUCACCUUCUUUUUUGCCGGCUCGGACACGACGAGCUCGGCCAUGGCCUACACGCUCUUCCUUCUCGCCAUGCACCCGGACGUGCAAGCCAAGGCAGUCGCCGAGAUCGACACGGUCGUCAGCACGACGUCGCCCAUCACAUAUGAGGCUGUGCAACGACUGCCGUACGUUUCGGCGGUCCUCACGGAAGCACUGCGCCUCUACGCCCCUGCGCCGUUCACGUACCGCCACGCAGACGAUGACUUGGUGCUUGGCGAUCAUGUUGUGCCGGCGGGCACGCUGCUAGCGCUGCCCAUGUGGUUCAUCAACAGGUCGCCGCUCAACUGGGGCAACGACGCCACCGAGUUCAAGCCCGAGCGCCACCUCGCGUCCGACUGCGAUCGGUUUUCUGCCAAAGAUCGCGCGUUUCGGUUCGCGAGCUUCUCGGGCGGUCCACGCAACUGCGUCGGCAUGCGCUUUGCGCAGCUGGAGGCCGCCGUGGUGCUGACGACGGUCUUGCGCCAAUAUAUCGUGACGCGCCCACGUGACGCGCCAUCGGUGGAGCCCAAUGCCGUCGGCAUCUCGAUCACACCCGAGGGUGGUAUGUGGCUCGCACUGACGCCGCGCGCAGCCGUAUCCGCGUAGUGCCCGCGUGGUGCUUGAAUGGCCCGAAGAGUUAGGAGACCGAAUCGCCCUUCUUGUGUUUAAUGUCUACUUCUACUUCUACUUGCUAAGCUUUUGGUUGUCA